AUGUCCAAGCUGCCUAAGCACGGUCUGUUGACCAGGACCGCAGCCGCCUCGUCUCGCUCCACUUCGGCGGCAGCUCGUCACCUUGCUCGACCCUCCACGUCUCCCUUCACGCUUGCCACCUUCGACCGUACACCCGCGCAUCGCCAUCCGCCGCUCUACUCGAUACCCCAGACGCGGGGCGUUCACAUUUUCUAUCCGAAUGCUGCCGCGUCGCACGCGCUCAGUUAUACCGCCACCUCGUCUCUCGAGGCCUCGGCUGAAGUUGCGGGCCUUGAGGCAAGCGGUCUAUCCGUCAAUGGCAGCCUCGCAAACUCCCAAGAGGCAGCGUCGGUCUCUGCAGGAUAUGUGCCCCUCUGGAAUGCCUCUACCACCUCGCGCUUCCCUGUUUACUCACAAGCGUCCCGAUCGCUCGGCACCGACUCCCUCGAACAUCGCAUCGACAGCAUCUCGUUGUAUCCAACAGAACCCUCCAGUCCGGAUGCUUUGCGCUCGUCCUCCUUCUAUGUUCCUGUCAAUCUUCUCGGAAACAGCAGCACACCGACAGCCAAUGCACACUUUGACGAUUUCUCUAACGUAAACUCUUCCAUCGCGCCUCCUUUCGCUCCUUCUUCCAACACGAUCAGCUGGAAUCCAUCUGACACUAGCAGCUCAGCCUGGCGGUCCACCUCUUCCUCCUCGUCCAAAUCCUCUAAAUCCUCGCACAGCUCUUCUUCCUCCUCGUCUUCGCGUCCACCAACUCCGACUGUCUCGGCGCGUCCCAGCCUUGCCACGUCUACCGCACAGCAGGAUUCCACUGGCACUCAUGGUAGCGGCUCAAGCACGCCCACGCAGAACAACACUCUUUCGCCAUAUCAGAUCGAAAGCGCGCUUCUGGACUCCAACUCAAUUCUAACAACCGCAGCCCGAGGCGGCUACGACCAGCGUCGAUCAGCGUCCGCGGCUGCUACCGCCGAAUCGUCCGACGUCGCAGACUCUCCCCCGCUCUGGCCUGGCUCGUUCGCUUCACCUAAACAUGGCAAGCUGCAUUACGCAUUCGAGCACGGCGCCUACGGCAUCCCCAAGCGCCAUCCGUGGGCUGCUGUGCGUGGCAACGGCAAACGUGUGCAGGCAGCAGCACCUACCCCAGCAGCGCGGUCUGGCGCCUAUGGCAUGCUUGCUGCCGCUGCCGAUUUCCUCACGGGCUCCGCCUCCGCCUCUGGCCCUGUCGCUGCCAAAGAGAAGCUGGGAGGAGACGCCAUCGUCGGCGAAGAUGGCCGUCGUCUCGGGCUCAACUCGCCCAUUCGCGAGCAUGGCCGCAUUGUCCAAGAUCGACUGCAAUCCGUCCAAGUAGGCGAAGACGCAUACUUCCUGCGGCCGGAUUCCAUAGGAGUGGCCGACGGCGUUGGAGGUUGGGCGUCACGCGCCGGUGCCGACCCGGCGCUCUUUUCGCGCCUUCUCAUGCAUUUCUGCGCAGCUGAACUCAGCAAAUUUGAUGGGCUCAGCGCGGAUGAGUUGGCAGCUCAGGGCGGCAAGAAGCUGCGCGAGUGGGAGCAACUCGAUCCUGUUGAAGUCAUGCACGUUGCCUGGGAGCGCUGUGUGCGCGCAUCACGGCGUGAAGGCAUUCUGGGCUCUUCCACCGCUCUCCUCGCUGUGCUUCGAGGCGACGAGCUGCGCAUCGCCAAUUUGGGUGACUGUGUCCUGCUCAUCAUUCGUGCGGGAGAGCUCCUCUUUCGAUCCACCGAACAACAGCACUCGUUCAAUUUCCCAGUCCAGCUGGGCAUGAUGGGCCACACUGCCGAGAGUGUCACCAUCGCGGCCAACCGCACCUUGAACCGCGACGGCUUCCUGCAGUCAGGCGCCUCUGACGACUUGGACGACAAUGCACCCCAUCCGCUCGGCACCAGCACACCUGCUUCCAUGGACGAGGCACGCAAGCGUCGGCAAGACAUAGACGCAGCUUUGGACGGCGACGAGGUCGAAGAGGUCGAAUGGGACGAACCACGUCGUGACGCGGGUAGAUGGGCCGUGAAAGUUCAGAAAGGCGACAUCAUUAUUGUGGGCAGCGAUGGUUUGGUGGACAACCUAUUCGAUGAGGAUAUUGUGGAAGAGGUGCUUCGAUUUGCGCCUCCUCCCACCUCGCACCAGCCCAUUCCGGAUUCCGAAGCAGUCUCACUGGAAGACGGGGAGCGUCCUAUCGAGGGCGAGCACGAGUAUCGCUUGCCAGACGACUUUUGCCCCCAGCUGGUAUCCGAGGCGCUCUGUUCGCGCGCAAAGGCUGUGUCAGAAGACUCGCGAGCCGUCAGCUCCCCCUUCCAGCAGCGUGCCAUGGAAGAGGGUUUGCACUACGUCGGUGGUAAGCACGACGACAUCUCGGUCGUGGUAGCCGUUGUAGGUGAUCCUUCUGAACAGCUGUCCCGGGCUGGAUCUUCCAUGGGAUCUGGAUCCAAGCAAGACGCCGACCCCGCAGGACUCGCAAGCACGGCGCAGCACCCAACGCCAAUCUCGAUGUGA